AAUCAUACCUGGUGGUAGCAUAAUUCAUAGGCACAUGAAAGGAACAUAAUCAACUAUUAACGUCAGGGGGGAAAAAAAGUUAUUAGAGAUGUACUGCAGAGGCCUACUAUCCUAAUGCAGUUCAUUUGAAUGAAUUAUGUUUUCCCUUGUAAUAAGAAUAAAGAAUAAAAUAUGGAACACAUUGAGCCCACAUGCCUACAGUCCCUUACUCCCUUCCCUCCAGCAUCUUUAUUUAUAUUAUUACAAACAAAAUAGAAUAACUUUGAGAGUGUAUAAAUCUGUAGUGGAGGGAAGGCGGGGUAGGGGUCGGCCUAGGAAGGGUUGGAAGGAGAGGGUAAAGAGGUUUUGUGUGCGAGGAGCUUGGGCUUCCAGCAAGCAUGCGUGAGUGUGUUAGAUAGGAGCGAAUGGAGACAAAUGGAUUUUAGGACUUGACGUGCUGUUGGAGUGUGAGCUAGGUAGCACUCACAAAGGGAUUCAGGGCAACCGGAAGGCCGGACUUGAGUCCUGGAGAUGGAAAGUACAGUGCCUGCACUCUGAAGGAAGAGUGUUAAUGUUGCAGUUUUAUAACUGUAGUGUCAGUGCACCUCUGGCAAGACAGUGAUGGAGUGAAGGAUGAAAGUUUUUUCUUUUUUGGGCCACCCUGCCUUAGGAGAUGGCUGAUGUGUUAAUAAAAAAAUAAUAAAAAAUAAUAUUACAUUUCCCUCAAGGGAGGCUCCUUGACAUUAAUGAGGGUCUUUUGAGCCAACGAAUUGGACCUGUCAUUCUCCUGUGAAUUGGAUCUAGAUGCCUCCCAUUCUACCAAGCACUGUGACAUUUACUGGUUUUGACCUUCCCCAUGAAUAUAUUAUUUAUGGGGAAGUACUGAGGCCAUAGGGGCCAUACAGUGUCAGGGAAAUGGGAUGCAAUCAGGUCUGAUCCAAGGAAGGGGAGGGCUGCUCUAAUUCUUUAGAGCCCUUUAGUGGCAGCAAGGCACCCCCUCAACCCUUUCAGGGUCGAGAGGCCCUCUCCUAAACUCGUUCUCAGGGUCAAAAAUUUUUUUUGAAAAAAAAAAAAAAAAAAAAAAAUUUCUUGUGAAAUGAUAGAGAAUCUUUUCCCGAUCAUAAUGACACCAAAAGUAUGAAAUUUGAUGGAAAACUUACGGAAUUAUGCUCUUGCGAAGUUAGCGGUCUCGAAGAUGUUUACUCAUCGGUGAUUUCGCCCACUUUGAGCCCUAUUUUUGGCCAAUUCCAGUGUACCAGUCGACAAAAAUCAUAUCUAUUUCACUAGAACUCCAUUUUUUCUAUCGAAUGAGUACAAGAAACCACCCAUUUACUGAUUUCAACUAUCCAAUUAAGUGGUCAGAAAUUGGCAAUUUUGCCAAUUUCACACAAAUUUCAGAAGAUGCCAAUUUCCAAAUAGAGUCCAGAAUAAACAAGACAGACAUUCCUGGCACUAAAAUAACAUUUUCUCUGUUCAUUAGUCACGUCCCCAGGCCCCUCUUGCAUCUCUUUUGCUUUCCACAAACAAAACAGACAUUCCUGGCACUAAAAUAACAUUUUCUCUGUUCAUUAGUCACGUCCCCAGGCCCCUCUUGCAUCUCUUUUGCUUUCCACUUUGAAUUUUUAUUCUCAAAAAAUAGAAGAUUUACUGUUAUGCAGACUACUGCAUUAGUGUAGAAAUGGUAUAAAUAAUAUCAGCGCACUUGUGAAAGAAUAUUAGACUCACCAGUUGACGUGUAUUGGACGCUUGGUAUGAUUUGUUUACUUUUGAACUUUGGUAAAAAUCGAACAUUUCUGCUACUUUGAGCUCAAUUUCAAGGUACUUUUCAUUAUGAAACCAAUCAAAAUCAUCUCAAUUUCUGUAAUAUGUCUUCGAUUCUAUAAAAUGAGACCAGGAAAACUAAAAUACAACCAUAAAUACCAUACAAAAAUACACUGCAAAGUCGCUGUUUUAAACCAAAAACAUGGUCGGAGUUUUUUUUCUCAUUAUGCACUGUGUGCUGCAGGAUUCUUUUUAUACUGUGCACACUGACCACAUUAACCCAUUCUUUCAUAUGUAGGUCUGCCAGCUUUCUCUCACAAGAUUUGAAGGUGCUAGAAUUUAGGUGUACUAGUACGUCAAUAACCCUGGUGCGUAAGCACCACUAGUAUGUCAGAAACCCUGAAAGGGUUAAAGGGAGAAUAAUACAAGGUCUGGUGAUGAUCUGUUAUGCCUCCUCCUUACUAUGCAGUUGUAAAUAUCUACCAUCUAUGACUUUAUACAUCACUAUGUUAUCUCUUCUGCCCUGUACUUGUUUUUUAAUAUACGUAAUAAUGAUAAUCAUUUUUGUCCUCUCAUUAUUUCAGUAACAUUUUGCAUUCUUUUUAUGUCACUAUUUUUUUUGUGUUAACAUAUAAUAUGUUAUAUAUAUACACAGAGACAGUCGUGUUGGCUCGAGAAUUUUUCUGUAGUAGGGACGGAUAUAUUUUAGUGACUGCAGAUUUUCAGCAAACCGAGCUGCGAAUGUUGGCUCACUUAUCUCAGGAUGCUGUCUUACUUGCUGGCUUCAGACAGCAAAAACCACAACUCACUGACAUAUUCAAGCAACUCUCUGCUUUGUGGCUGGCUAAAGACGUGAGUGAGGUGACAAUAAGUGAACGAGAACGCACAAAACGAAUUGUAUAUGCUGUGAUGUACGGAGCUGGACGAGAAAAAUUGUCAGAAGUGCUUCACAUAAGUCUACAUGAAGCUAAAGACAUAAUAUCAUCUUUCACGAAACAUUUUCCUGGUAUCCCUGGAUACAUGCGUUAUGUGGUUGACCUCUGCAAGGCCCAAGGUUUUCUCACAACAAUAUUCAAUCGUCGACGUUUCUUCCCAGGCAUAAUGUCUCAGGAUUCAGCUAUUCAAGCUCAGGCUGAGAGACAGGCAGUAAAUUUCAUCAUUCAAGGUGUGUAAAUCAAGCAACAUGUUCUCUAUUGCCAACUAUAAAUGAAAAAAAAAAUGUACAACUUAAACUAUGAUCAAUUUCUUUAGUAUUAAGUAGUCUUUAAGCCAUUAAAUUAAGUCUGUCCAUAAUGCCUAGGCAUGAUAGUGGCUCACUUUGCACUGCAACUCAUUAUUGUAAUUUCAUAAUCUCAGUGUAAUCUUGCAAAGAAAUAAAUUGUUUAUUUGUUUGUUUGUUCACAUGCAUUUCUUAUUGUGCGAGAGUUAGGUGAAACAACGUCUAAUGCGCCGGGUCACCAUCUGGAGAAGACCCAGGCCGGAAGUACCUGGCA